AUGGCGACACAAACCAGUCAUGUCUUCCAUGGUCAAGAUGAUUUGUUUCUGGAAGCUAACUGCAAGAAGAGAAACACCAUGCCAGACUCAGAGAAGCUGCUGAAGCAGAAGGAUGUGCACAGGAUGGCCCCAAAUACAGACAAUGGUCUACUGGUUACACAUGUUAACCAAACACAGGACUUACUGAGGCUGCAGCGGACCCACACGUCAGCUUUGCAAGAUUCUGAAGAUUGGCUUUCGACUCACAGUUUAAAGCUUGAGAAACUCACCCUGGCUGACCUGAUAGGACAGGGCACGGCCAUGCUGGAGGAGGGGGGCAAGAUGACAGAGAAGAUGAACUUCUCUCCCCAGACCAUCUGCCAUUUCGAGUCAAGGCUUUCAGAUACCCUGGACUGCUACCAACAGAGGCUGCGCUGGCUCACAGAGGACAGCAAGAAGGCCUUCGGCAUCAUCAGGGGAACCAAAGUGGCCCUCCUCAUCGAUGAGUCCAUGUUCAACAGCAGCCCUCGCAAAGAAGAAUUCCAGAGUGACCUCAUGAGGCUCAUUGAUGAGCAGCUGAGCUUCAAGGAGAAGCUUUAUGCCCUGUCCUUCGGUGCCAGCACCAGGCCUCUCUGGCCACACCCUGUGAAUGUCAGCGCCUCCAGCCUCCAGGAACUCAAGCUCUGGGUGGAGAAUCUACAGCCUGAGGAAGGCAGCAAUUUGCUACAUGCCCUGAAAAAAAUCUUCACUGUACAAGGGCUGAAUUCUCUGGUGACCAUAAUAGGAAGCUGUCCAGAUCAGCCUUCUGAAAUCCUGUGUGAUUAUAUCCAGCAGUCCUCCGCAGGGCGGGACAUCUUCAUCCACGUCAUCACCUACAGAUGUGAUGAUCAGGUGCCCACGGCUAUCCUGAAGAACCUCACAGAAGCACUGGGGGGCUACUACCAUAGCUACAGUCCCGAGACAGAGCUCUACACCAGUCAGGAUGUGAAUGAGCUCCUGGAAGAAAUUCAGAAGGCCCAAAGCCUCCUGAGCCAUGUGCAAGCCCUGCGCCAGAGCGGCCCCUGCGAGGAGCUGGCCUGUGUCAUGAAGCAGAUCUCCACCGAGAUUGCAAAAGGACACCUCACAAGUCUUUUGCCUAAACCCCCGAAGCAUGAAGCUCCUCUCACAAUUGAAUUCCCAAACUUGGACAAGACCUCUGCAGAAUGGCUCAAGGUCAAUGGUCUAAAAGCCAAGAAGUUGAGCCUUUAUCAGGUGCUGGCCCCCAACGCAUUCUCUCCUGUAGAAGAAUUUGUGCCCAUCCUCCAGAAAACAGUAUCAUCAACUAUCCACCAGAAGGCAAUGGUACAAUUUGAAUGGCAUGAUGGGACAGUGAAAAAUAUCCACGUGGACCCGCCCUUCCUCUAUGAAUACCAGAAGCAGCUUGGUAGAGUUGUACGCAUGUACGAGAGGCGGGUCGAGUGGCUCUCCCUGGCCAGCAGAAGAAUUUGGGGCACCCUCUGUGAAAAAAGGGUGGUGAUACUGCUGGACGUCUCGGUGACCAAUUCCAUGUACAUUAUUCAUAUCCAGCACUCACUGCGGCUGCUGCUGGAGGAGCAGCUGUCCAAUAAGGACUGCUUCAACCUCAUUGCGUUUGGAAGCACAAUUGAAAGCUGGAAGCCAGAGAUGGUCCCUGUGAACCACAGCAAUUUGCAGAGUGCCUGGCGGUGGGCCCUGGGCCUGCAUUGUAAAGGCAGCAGGAACGUGCUCAGCGCCCUGCGGAAGGCCAUGGAAGUGGACUUCAAGGACAAAGAAUUACACCAAUCCCAGGGCAUCUACCUCUUCACAGGGGGCAUCCCCGACCAGGACGUGCCCACGCUCAGUGCCUACGUGGCCGAGGCCUGUGCAGGCUGUGAUAUCCAGUUGAACGUGUGUCUCUUCUAUGUGGGGGAGCCGCACAUGGACACUACACCUCCUGCCUGCUAUGCCAGCCGGACAGACACAGCUGCUGCCUACAAAGAGAUUGCCCAGGCUGCUGGCGGUCGCUUCCACUGGUUUGGAGAAACAGGCAUUUAUGAGAGUGAUGACAUCAGUAUUAUCAUAGCCGAGAUAGAAAAGGCACUCAACUACUCCCAGAAGUGUGCCUUACUCGUGGCCUCAUUGAAGAACCAUUCACAGAAAGAGCUGGAAAAGGCAGAUGUGACAGACAACCUGAUGCUGAAGCAAAACCAACCCAGAAAAUUCUGUCCUCCCAAGCCCACGGCCCCUUCGGUGGCCAGAAUGAACAUUAAAGAUGACCUGGUCAGAGAGAAGAGCCCUCCGCUGAAACCUCAGAAGUUGCCUGCAUUCAGUAGCAAAGCAGCCAUCUUCCCAGCUGCAGAUCUGCCCAAGAAAGAAGCAGUGGCAGAACAGAGGCAGAAGACCAAAACCAGGGCAGCAGACGCAGCUCUCACCCUGUUCUACACAGAGUCUGGGAAUCAUGUGGGCUCUGUGUUCAGUAAGUACCCACCAGGAAGGGGUUUAAGAAAGCCUAAUUCUUCUCCUGAGCUGCCCAGGAAGGAUACAGUUUGCUCAAGUAAAGAGUGGUUAGCAAACUGUGGGCUGAAAAAACGGAAGAUGGAGAUUUCCAGGUGCUUUGGUCCCAUCUGCAGCCAUCAGAAGGCAGCUCCAAGGUCGGCGUCAGCCAGACACUGUGGCAUCUUCCCCAGCAUAAAUGUCCACGGAGUGGUGAGGCACCUACGGUGGACGCUAUGGGAGAUGGACAUGUACAUCUCCAGCAUGGAGAAGCUGAUGAGACGCUAUGUGCAAAGGCUGCAGUGGCUGCUGUCUGGGAGCCGCCAGAUGUUUGGUGUCAUCUUGGAGAGCAAAGUGUGCAUUGUGCUGGACAUGUCUGGGUCCAUGGAGCCCUACCAGCAGCAGGUGAAGUCGGAGCUGGUGCUGCUGAUUUGGGAGCAGCUGCGGAAGCACUGUGACAGUUUCAACCUGCUCAGCUUUGCAGAGAACCUAAAGCCAUGGAAGGACACGCUGGUGGAGACCACAGAGGAAGCAUGUCACGAGGCCAUGCAGUGGGUGACCCACCUGCAAACUCAAGAGAGCACCUCGAUUUUUUCAGCCUUAAAGAAAGCCUUCAGUUUCUGUGAUGUACAAGGGCUGUACCUCCUGACCGACGGGAAGCCAGACACAAGCUGCAGCUUUGUCCUCAACACCAUCCAAAAGUUCCAGAAGGACAGAGAUGUAAAGGUGCACACUAUCUCUCUGAACUGUGCAGACAGAGAAGCAGUUGAGUUCCUGAGGAAGCUGGCAGCCCUCACUGGGGGCCGCUACCACUGCCCUGUGGAUGAUGACACACUCUGCAAGAUUCACGGGCUGCUCACCAGAGGCUUCAGCCUUGAAACGGACCCUGCACUGCCACUUUUCGAAGGAGAUGACUUAAGAAAAUUAGCCCAAGAGAUCAACAAAGCCACAACCUUCCUCAAGCAAGCCCAGUCCUUCAGAUCUCAACUCCAGAAGAAAAUUAAUGCAGAAUCCAAGAGUGGGAUUUGCUAA